AUGAAAGGGAACAUAAAAUAUUUGAGAGGAGGAUCACGAACAUCAAACAUCAGUGAUGCAGUUACACUGACAGUAUCAGAUCAACCCAGAGCAGUUUUAAAUGUUUCUCCACAGAAGUGGUUGACUGAAGGAGAUCCAGUGAUUCUGAUCUGUGAGGUUAAAGGCUCCUCUACAGGCUGGACAUUCAGCUGGUACACUGAAACUGCUUCAUCAGACUACAGUAAUCGUUAUAAACUGCUCUCAGACAGCAGCAGAGGAGCUGGAGGAAACUACACUGUCAGUUCUGCUGCUCUAAAACACACAGGAGUUUAUGUGUGCAGAGCGAACAGAGGAAAACCAGCCUAUAGCACAUGGAACAGCAAUAAACAACCACUAUGGGUCACUGCUAGUGUUUCUCCUCCAGUCUCUCUGAUGGUCAGUCCCAGCAGAACUCAACACUUCACAUCUGUCUCUCUCUCUCUGAGCUGUGAGGACCAGAGUAACUCUGAUAGAUGGAGAGUGAGAAGAUACACAGACAAUGAGCAGCUGGAAGAUUGUUCAUCACUGUGGGGAUCACAAACAGGAUCUACAUGUACAAUCAACUUCACCAGCACAUCAGACACUGGAGUGUACUGGUGUCAGUCUGAAUCUGGAGAGAUCUAUCAUCCUGUUAAUAUCACUGUACACUCUGCUGUGAUUCUGGAGAGUCCUGUUCAUUCUGUGAUGGCUAUUGAAAUGUUCCCGUCUCAUUUACAGAAUGUGGAUCUAAAUAUAUGUUUCUCAUCUUCAGCAGCCUCAGGAUAUGAUGAUCUCAAUCCCAUGAUAAUUGGAGUGACUGCAGGACUGACUGUCACAUUUUUGAUCAUCGUCUUCUUGGUCCUGCUGUGGCGCAACAGACACAACAAAGGUGGAAGAUCUCAGUCUCCCUCUAGUGUCAGUCAACAGCAGAACAGCAGUCAGCCAUCAGAACAGACCCAGAGUCAAGCGGGAAACAACACACUGCUGUCUG